AUGGCGCUAGCUUCAUCCCUGGUCGCAUUCUUCGCGACGCAGGUUCUUGCGCAACAGUAUCCUACCAGCAACACAUCGACUCCCGCGGCCAACUCGUCGAGUCCUUUGGACAACGCGGUUAGUCCGCCGUUUUACCCCAGCCCAUGGAUCGAAGGUCUCGGUGACUGGGAAGCGGCGUACCAGAAGGCGCAGGCUUUUGUUAGCCAACUCACUCUUCUCGAGAAGGUGAACCUCACAACCGGCACAGGAUGGCAGAGCGACCACUGCGUCGGCAACACUGGAGGCGUGCCACGAUUGAACUUCACAGGCAUCUGUAACCAAGAUGCUCCUCUGGGCGUUCGCUUCGCCGACUACGUCUCUGCCUUCCCAUCUGGUGGCACCAUCGCCGCAGCAUGGGACCGUGGCGAGUGGUACCUUCGAGGAUACCAGAUGGGCUCAGAGCACCGUGACAAGGGUGUAGACGUCCAGCUUGGCCCUGUCGUCGGUCCUCUUGGCCGCAACCCCAAGGGCGGACGUAACUGGGAAGGUUUCUCUCCCGACCCCUACCUGUCCGGAAUUGCCGUCGCCGAAUCGGUCCGCGGUAUUCAGGAUGCUGGUGUUAUUGCCUGCACAAAGCACUACAUCAUGAACGAGCAGGAGCAUUUCCGCCAGCCCGGCAACUUCGAGGACCAGGGCUUUGUUGAUGCUCUCAGCUCCAACCUCGACGACAAGACUUUGCACGAGCUCUACCUCUGGCCUUUCGCCGACGCUGUCCGCGCCGGCACUGGUUCUAUCAUGUGCAGCUACAACAAGGUCAACAACUCGCAGGCUUGCCAGAACUCGUACUUGCAGAACUACAUUCUCAAGGGCGAGCUUGGCUUCCAGGGUUUUAUCAUGUCGGAUUGGGAUGCCCAGCACUCUGGUGUUGCGUCCACCUUUGCUGGACUCGAUAUGACCAUGCCUGGUGAUACUGACUUCAACUCUGGCAAAACUUUCUGGGGUACCAACUUUACAACUUCUAUCUUGAACGGAACCGUGCCCCAGUGGCGUCUCGACGAUGCUGUCACGCGUAUCAUGGCUGCCUUCUACUAUGUCGGCCGCGACAAGGCCCGCACUCCUGUCAACUUCGACAGCUGGUCGCGCGAUACCUACGGUUUCGAUCAUUUCUAUGGCAAGGCAGGUUACAGUCAGAUCAACCAGCACGUCGAUGUCCGUGCCGACCACUUCCGCAGCAUUCGCCGCACCGCUGCCAUGUCCACCGUGCUCUUGAAGAACGAGGGCGCCCUGCCUCUUACGGGUAGUGAGAAGUGGACUGCCGUCUUUGGUGACGAUGCUGGCGAGGGCCAGCUGGGACCUAACGGCUUCCCCGACCACGGCGGUAACAACGGCACCUUGGCCAUGGGCUGGGGUUCAGGAACAUCUGACUACCCUUACCUCGUGACCCCAUUGGAGUCCAUCAAAGCUACUGUCGGCCAGAACGGAGGCGUUGUCACCUCUGUAACCGACAACUGGGCGUACACUCAGAUCCAGACCUUGGCUAAGCAGGCUAGCGUAGCCAUCGUCUUCGUCAAUGCCGAUUCUGGAGAGGGCUACAUCACUGUCGACGGCAAUGCUGGUGACCGCAACAACCUGACCCUCUGGCAGGAUGGCGACACCUUGAUCAAGAACGUGUCCUCGGUCUGCAACAACACUAUCGUGGUUAUUCACUCAGUUGGACCUGUCCUCGUCAACUCCUUUUACGACAGCGAAAACGUCACCGCUAUCCUUUGGGCUGGUCUGCCUGGCCAAGAGUCUGGUAACGCUAUUGCUGACAUCCUUUACGGUCGCCACAACCCCGGUGGCAAGCUGCCCUUCACCAUUGGCAGCGACGCAGCCGAGUACGGACCGGACCUCAUCUACGAGCCCACCAACAACAGCAGCAGCCCACAAGACAACUUCGAGGAGGGCGUCUUCAUCGACUACCGUGCCUUUGACAAACAGAACGUCACUCCCAUCUACGAGUUUGGCUUCGGUCUGUCAUACACCAAGUUCUCGUACUCGAACCUCACAGUGAAGAAGGCCAACGCUGGCGCAUACACUCCAACCACUGGCCAGAGCAAGGCUGCCCCGACCCUAGGCAAUUUCAGCACCGAUGCUUCGCAGUACCAAUGGCCAAGCGACUUCACCUACGUGAACACGUUCAUCUACCCCUACUUGAACUCUACUGAUCUGAAGACGGCCUCCCAGGAUCCCGAAUACGGUCUAAACUACACUUGGCCCGCGGGUGCAACCGAUGGCACCCCACAAGCCCGCAUUCCAGCCGGUGGUGCGCCUGGAGGUAACCCUCAGCUUUGGGACGUUCUGUUCAGCGUUGAGGCUACCAUCACCAACAAUGGUACCCUGCCUGGUGACGAGGUCGUGCAGCUGUACGUCAGCCUGGGUAACCCAGACGACCCCAAGAUCGUCCUACGUGGCUUUGACCGUCUCUCUAUUCAGCCCGGCAAGACGGCCACUUUCCACGCUGACAUCACUCGCCGUGAUGUGUCCAACUGGGAUGUCGCCAGCCAGAACUGGGUCAUCACCUCAGCACCCAAGACGGUAUACGUCGGUGCAUCCUCGAGGAAGCUGCCGCUCACGGCGACUCUUGACACCAGCGACUUCCAGUAG